AUGCCCAUUUUCAUUGCACUAGCUACGGUUCAAAUCCAACAUAUGGGGUGUAAUAAUCGCCCUCUUAAAGUCCCAAUAGGGAACUCUAAACCUAUUAAUGGUGGGCAGAUCCUUGCCAGCCCAGGCAACAUAAAUGCUUGGGUAUCCAUAAGUAUAGAAACACCAAGGAAGAAAGCUACCAUGGGAGCUCAACAACCCUACAAAGUUGUGAAGGCUACUGAGGAGCUAAUUGACUCGUUUGAUCUUGAAAUGGAAAUCUCUGAGACAAAAGAAAGAGUGUAUAUCAAGGUAGAGUAUCAAUGGAAGCCACAAGUAUGCAAAUCAUGUAAGAUUUUUGGCCAUAAUGAAGCUUUAUGCCCUAAUCAAGUUCGAAAGCGAAACAACAAUCCAGAACUUGCUAAACAACCCAAAUCCUCUGAUAGAGUUGAUAAAGGAAAAACCAUAGCCAAUUCAGUUGUAUCUAAUACAAUCCCAGAUAAAGCUAAUAAAGGUAAAGUUAUAGCCACUUCGAGUGACAGAGCUGAUAAAGGUAAAGUCGUAUGUGAACACAAUCAGCAGCAGAACCUCAAUCUUACUGGCUUNAAAAGGAUAAACUUUGCUUGCAUAUGCGUUGAGGUGAAGGCUACUGAGGAGCUAAUUGACUCGUUUGAUCUUGAAAUGGAAAUCUCUGAGACAAAAGAAAGAGUGUAUAUCAAGGUAGAGUAUCAAUGGAAGCCACAAGUAUGCAAAUCAUGUAAGAUUUUUGGCCAUAAUGAAGCUUUAUGCCCUAAUCAAGUUCGAAAGCGAAACAACAAUCCAGAACUUGCUAAACAACCCAAAUCCUCUGAUAGAGUUGAUAAAGGAAAAACCAUAGCCAAUUCAGUUGUAUCUAAUACAAUCCCAGAUAAAGCUAAUAAAGGUAAAGUUAUAGCCACUUCGAGUGAUAGAGCUGAUAAAGGUAAAGUCGUAUGUGAACACAAUCAGCAGCAGAACCUCAAUCGUACUGGCUCAGGCAUAACACUAGAGACUACUAGUAGGGAGACUGCCUUGCAUUAG